AUGGGGAAAGAUAAAGCACCAGCCAGUACGAGUGGCGUCACAGGGUACGGCAACAAACCGCUAAGCCGUCCAGCCCAUGCACUGGCCUGGGAAACAGUCGCCGAUGAGCUGGACACGAGCGCCCAGGGUGGUCUUACAGCUUCUGAUGCACAAAGUCGGCUGGAUCAGUACGGGCGUAACGACAUUGGGAAUGCCUCGUCCACCAGUGCCGUCAGAGUCCUGCUCAAGCAGGUGGCCAACGCCAUGACUUUUAUCCUCAUUCUGGCGACGGCGGUGAGUCUAGGUAUCGAGGCCUGGAUUGAAGGUGGCGUUCUGGCAGCCGUUGUGCUGAUCAACAUCGUCGUGGGAUUUAUACAAGAGUUUCAGGCUGGAAAGACCAUGGACUCUCUUCGCACAUUGAGCUCGCCCACAGCUACGGUUGUUAGGGACCAGCAGGUGCUCUCGACGCAGACGGCAGAGAUUGUCCCGGGUGAUCUGGUAGAGAUGAAGACGGGUGAUACAAUCCCCGCUGAUGUUAGACUCAUAGAAGCGUUGAAUUUCGAGACAGACGAAGCCUUACUUACCGGCGAAUCCCUCCCCGUUCGAAAACUGGUGUCAGACACUUUCGAAGAUGACACCGGACCCGGCGACCGGUUGAAUAUCGCAUACAGUUCAUCUACCGUGACAAAAGGGCGGGCAAAAGGCGUUGUGUUUGGCACAGGCAUGCAUACCGAGAUUGGAUCUAUUGCUGCGGCGCUUCGGGAAAAGGGGUCUGGUGGAUUGAAGGUGCAGCGCAGGUCGGAUGGCUCUGCAAGUGCUUGGAGCUAUACUGUCGCUGUUUUCAUGGUCAUCGUAUCCUUCAUUGGAGGCUUUCUUGGGACUAAUGUUGGGACACCCCUGCAACGGAAGCUUUCCAGGCUUGCAAUAUUCCUCUUCUUCACGGCGGUUUUGUGCGCGAUUAUCGUGCUCGCGGCGAACAGAUUCAAUAGCCAGAAAGAAGUCAUUAUAUAUGCUGUGGCUACUGGACUUAGCAUGAUUCCUUCGUCAUUGGUUGUGGUCCUGACCAUCACCAUGACUGUUGGAACGAAACGGAUGGUCGAGAGGCAGGUCAUCGUGAGGAACUUGAACUCUUUAGAGGCACUCGGGGCGGUUACUGACAUCUGCUCCGAUAAAACUGGGACCUUGACGCAGGGGAAAAUGGUGGCCAAAAAGAUCUGGAUUCCCGCCCGCGGAACAUAUUCGGUCGGCGAGUCAAGCGAGCCCUACAAUCCCACGAUUGGGGGACUUAGCAAUGACCCAAAGGAGCCGCGACAUAUCGAUUUCACGAACUCUGUUGAGGAAGAAAAACUGGACAGGGCGGAACGGUUCCUUGAAGGAAAUCCAGAGUUAGAGGAAUACCUCAAGACAGCUUCACUUGCUAACCUCGCUGUGGUUUUCAAAGAGGACUCCGGAGAAUGGAAAGCGCGAGGAGAUCCCACCGAGAUCGCGAUCCAGGUCCUGGCCUCCCGCUUCGGGUGGAAUCGCCUAAACUUCACCGAGGGUGAAAUUCCCUCGUGGAAGCAGGUGGCCGAGUUCCCGUUUGAUUCGGAUGUCAAGAGGAUGUCCGUGAUUUUUGAAGAGGCUUUGACCGGCAAGAGCUAUGUGUUUACCAAAGGUGCAGUUGAAAGAGUCAUUGCAUCCUGUACAUCAGUUCACACCCAAUCUGGUGGCCAAGCUGAGCAAAUGACCGAAGAAAUUAAAGAAAAUAUUCUUGCUAAUAUGGAGGCAAUUGCUGCAUUGGGCCUUCGGGUGCUCGCGCUCGCCAGCAGGGAAUAUCACGAGUCGAUCGACGACUCCGAAGAUAUUAAAAGAGAUACCGUCGAGAGCGACCUGGUAUUUCGUGGAUUAAUCGGUCUAUACGACCCUCCGCGACCGGAAUCCGCGCCUUCUGUCCGUCGUUGUCAUGAAGCCGGCAUUUCUGUCCAUAUGUUGACGGGAGACCAUCCUGGAACAGCACGAGCGAUUGCCUUGGACGUGGGGAUUUUACCAUCACGCAUCAACGAGCUAAGCAAGGAUGUUCUUGAUGCAAUGGUGAUGACGGCUCAUCAAUUUGAUAAAUUGUCGGAUGAUGAGGUCGAUGCUUUGCCGACCUUGCCUCUGGUAAUCGCGCGAUGCGCUCCGAGCACCAAAGUGCGAAUGAUCAAAGCUUUACAUCGACGGAAAAAAUUUGCGGGCAUGACUGGCGAUGGUGUGAACGAUUCUCCGUCCCUGAAAGAUGCAGACGUGGGUAUUGCAAUGGGCCAGGCUGGAUCCGAUGUCGCCAAAGACGCCUCGGAUAUUGUCCUAACUGACGAUAACUUUGCCUCGAUUCUUAAUGCUAUCGAGGAAGGGCGGCGGAUGUUUGACAAUAUUCAAAAGUUUAUCCUCCACGUGUUGUCCCAGAACUUUGCACAGGCUCUCGUUCUCCUCGUCGGGCUUGCAUUCAAAGACGAACAGGAUCUUUCGGUCUUCCCACUAAGUCCCGUCGAAAUUGUUUGGCUGGUCAUGAUUACUUCCGGGUUGCCAGACAUGGGACUAGGCUUCGAGCAAGCAACAGCUGACAUCAUGUCCCGACCACCGCGAAGCAUCAAAAAAGGCAUCUUCACCCUCGAAGUCAUGAUCGACAUGAUCGUCUACGGAAUAUGGGUGGCCGCCCUAUGCCUUGGCGCCUUCACCCUCGUCAUGUACGGCUUCGGCAAAGGCAAAUUCGGCAACGACUGCAACAACGAGCUCGAGGGAUGCGAGAUCGCCUUCCGCGCUCGCGCCACAACAUUCGCGUGUCUCACCUGGUUCGUGCUCUUCCUGGCCUGGGAGAUGAUCGACAUGCGGCGGUCGUUCUUCAAUAUGCGUCCGUCGUCCUCGCAUAGCUGGACACAAUUCGCGCGGGAUAUUUGGCAGAACCCGUUCCUUUUCUGGGCUAACAUUUCUGGGUUUGUGAUGGUGUUUCCGUUGCUUUAUAUCCCUGUUAUAAAUACGAAGGUGUUUCGGCAUACUGGCAUCUCCUGGGAGUGGGCGAUUGUUAUUGUUGGAACGGUGUUGUUUUUUCUGGGCGCUGAGAGCUGGAAGUGGGUGAAAAGGGCGUAUUUCCGGCGGGUGGCGGCGAAGGUGGAAGGGCAGGGCGUUGGUCUUGAGGUUUGA